GUGUACUUUAUUGUCAGCUUCCAAAGAUUACUAACUUUUAUCUAUACCACUAAAACUGAGCUGCCUUGGCUAUACUGCUACUCUUAACUGCUGCUUCCAUUAUUGCCUUCUUCAGCAAAGUAAGGCUUUCAGAAGCCAAAGAAUAACAAGAAAUAAGCACCAUUUUAGAAGCCUUUCAACUAUGAAACUUAAGCUAAAUGUGCUCACCAUUAUUUUGCUGCCUGUCCACUUGUUAAUAACAAUAUACAGUGCCCUUAUAUUUAUUCCAUGGUAUUUUCUUACCAAUGCCAAGAAGAAAAACGCUAUGGCAAAGAGAAUAAAAGCUAAGCCCACUUCAGCCAAACCUGGAAGUCCGUAUCGCUCUGUCACACACUUCAACUCACUAGCUGUCAUAGACAUCCCCGGAGCAGACACUCUGGAUAAAUUGUUUGACCAUGCUGUAUCCAAGUUUGGGAAGAAGGACAGCCUUGGAACCAGGGAAAUCCUAAGUGAAGAAAAUGAAAUGCAGCCAAAUGGAAAGGUUUUUAAGAAGUUAAUUCUUGGGAAUUAUAAAUGGAUGACCUAUUUCGAAGUGAACUGCAGAGUGAAUAACUUUGGUAAUGGACUCACCGCAUUGGGACUAAAACCAAAGAACACCAUUGCCAUUUUCUGUGAAACCAGGGCCGAAUGGAUGAUUGCAGCACAGACCUGCUUUAAGUACAACUUUCCUCUUGUCACUUUAUAUGCCACACUUGGAAAAGAAGCAGUAGUUCAUGGGCUAAAUGAAUCAGAGGCUUCCUAUCUGAUUACUAGUGUUGAACUUCUGGAAAGUAAACUGAAGACUGCAUUGUUAGAUGUCACUUGUGUUAAACACAUCAUUUAUGUGGACAGUAAGACUAUCAAUAAAACAGAGUACCCUGAAGGGUUUGAGAUUCACAGCAUGCAAUCAGUGGAAGAGUUGGGAUCUAAGCCAGAAAACUCGAGUGUUCCUCCAGAUAGACCAACUCCUUCAGACAUGGCCAUCGUCAUGUACACCAGUGGUUCUACUGGCCGACCGAAGGGAGUGAUGAUGCAUCAUAGCAAUCUGAUAGCUGGAAUGACAGGCCAGUGUGAAAGAAUACCUGGAUUAGGACCAAAGGACACAUAUAUUGGCUACUUGCCUUUGGCUCAUGUGCUAGAAUUGACAGCAGAGAUAUCUUGCUUUACCUAUGGCUGUAGGAUUGGAUAUUCUUCUCCACUUACACUGUCUGACCAGUCCAGCAAAAUUAAAAAAGGAAGCAAAGGAGACUGUACUGUCCUGAAGCCUACACUUAUGGCCGCUGUUCCAGAAAUCAUGGACAGAAUUUAUAAGAAUGUUAUGAGCAAAGUUCAAGAGAUGAAUUAUAUUCAGAAAACUCUGUUCAAGAUAGGGUAUGAUUACAAACUGGAACAGAUCAAAAAGGGAUAUGAUGCACCUCUUUGCAAUCUGUUACUGUUUAAAAAGGUGAAGGCUCUGUUGGGAGGGAAUGUCCGCAUGAUGCUGUCUGGUGGUGCCCCGCUGUCUCCUCAGACACACCGGUUCAUGAAUGUCUGCUUCUGCUGCCCAAUUGGCCAGGGUUAUGGACUGACAGAAUCAUGUGGUGCUGGGACAGUUACUGAGGUUACUGACUAUACUACUGGCAGAGUUGGAGCCCCUCUUAUUUGCUGUGAAAUUAAGCUGAGAGACUGGCAGGAAGGUGGUUAUACAGUUCAUGACAAGCCAAACCCCAGAGGUGAAAUCGUGAUUGGUGGACAGAAUAUCUCUAUGGGAUAUUUUAAAAAUGAAGAGAAAACGGCAGAGGAUUAUUAUGUGGAUGAAGACGGGCAAAGGUGGUUUAGCACUGGUGAUAUUGGAGAAUUCCAUCCCGAUGGAUGUUUACAGAUUAUAGAUCGUAAGAAAGACCUGGUGAAGUUACAAGCAGGAGAAUAUGUAUCUCUUGGAAAAGUAGAAGCUGCACUGAAGAACUGUCCACUUAUUGACAACAUCUGUGCUUUUGCCAAAAGUGACCAGUCUUAUGUGAUCAGUUUUGUGGUUCCUAAUCAGAAAAGGUUGACUCUUUUGGCACAACAGAAAGGGGUGGAGGGAACUUGGGUUGAUAUCUGCAAUAACCCUGACAUGGAAGCUGAAAUACUGAAAGAAAUUCGAGAAGCUGCAAAUGCCAUGAAUUUGGAGCGGUUUGAAAUUCCAAUCAAGGUUCGCUUAAGCCCAGAGCCGUGGACCCCUGAAACUGGUUUGGUAACCGAUGCUUUCAAACUGAAAAGGAAGGAACUGAAGAACCAUUACCUCAAAGACAUUGAGCGAAUGUAUGGGGGCAAAUAAAAUGUUGCUAUCUUAUGUACAGUUCACAGGAGGUAGUCUGGUGGUUUUUCAGUUCUAUAGUUUUAACACUUCAUUGAGCUGUUAGAAUGUAAGGUAUAUCAUUAUGAAGACAUGAUAAUAAAAAAAAGAAAAAAAACACCACCCAAACCGAUUAUAGUUGUGGAGUCUACUUUAACUUAGUUUUGCAUAGUUUUAGUGAAGCUGAAAUUGAAGUUAUUUCCCGUUAGCUGUGUUAUUGAUUUUAGAGCAGAAAUUCUGUUUUUAAAAAUUAGCCUAAGAUAUACUUGUAUUCAUAAAGGAAAAAUUUCAUUGUUGAACAAAAUAAAUUGGAGUUGGAGUAGAAUGUAGUUUGAGGAAAUUCCAAUGUCUGUUGUCUUCCUAGUUCAGAAGCUUAAAUGUUAAGCAUGACAAAAAGUAUGUUUUAACACUACUCAAAGCAGAAGGUGCUGCAGGGCUUUAAAAUUCUCUUCCAGCCAUUUAUCUUGAAGGGAAAAUUCAAUCGUAAUAUAAUAUACAGAAUCAAAUAAUACUUUAGAAGGUAAUAGGUUAGACUUAGAAUCAUUGUAAUUUUGUGAAUAAUUACAGUGCCUAAAGUAAGAACAGAGGAACAUAUACACCAAAAAAUAUCUAGGAAUAUAUUUAAAGGAAAAUGGAACUGCUUUUUUGAAACUUUGAGAUCUAAAAUCAGUAACUGUAAUUAUUUGAAUGACUUAUAGGAAAGUACAUCUUUUAAAAAUCACAGAAAAUUGCCUUUCUGUGCUUGUUUAAAAUAAAGACUGAAGCCAAGAAUGAAAUGAUAGAAAGUUGAUCAAAAUUUAAUAGGAAGCAUUUUGUCUUUUAGAAAAGAUGAUGAAAUCAUACAUAUUUGUCAUUGUGACCCUUGCACAGCACUGAACCUGGGAAAGAGAUUUAGACUCUGAAUUUAUCUUCGAUAACAGGGAUUGAUUUUAAAAUGCACUCGUAUUAAAUUACAUUUGUAAUUUAAGGUCUGUUUGCUGUUGCUGAUUUGGUUCUUGAUCAGUAGUUUGCAUUUCAGAAAGCCUUUCAUUUUGCUUUAAUUUUAGCAAAGCGGGUUACAAUGAAUGACUUCCCCAAUAUCUUGUUCGAACCUACGGGUGAUUAAUUAACUUGGAUGAGUUUUGGGAAGUUAAAGGGAAGAAAACACUGUUACCACUUUUUUCCUGUUUGUGAAGAGUUUAGAAACUGGAAAUGCUGGAUUUGGGAGAAGGGCAGAGUUACUUGAUAAGGGACUGAUGUUUGUACAGUAACUUGGAGUGUGGGUUUCUUUUUGAAUCUUUAUUAAAAUCUGGGAUUAUAUAUCCUGAUUGAUAUUCACACUUGAACCAUAGUUACAAAAAUUCUAAAUACUGUCAUUCUUUGCACUUUUUCUUAGUCAUUUUAUAUAUACAAAUAUAUAUAUAUAUGUUGCUUACAUUGCUUUGUAUACAUGUGGGCCACCAUUGCAAAAAAAAUUCUUUUUGCUCUAAAAUAUUUAUAAGGAAUAUUUAAAUGUUAUGUAUAUGGUGGUAAUGAGGAAAAAAUCAUCUGGUAUUAUAAACGAGAGUGAAGGUUUUUGUAAAGAUUUUUGUUCAGUGUUUUGCAAAGUGAAUUUCCCUGAAGUUAUGCAUAUGUGAGCAUUCUCAUUCUUCCCACCUUGCCUUUGAAGAGUGAAAAACCAUUAUUAUCAAGUAGACUACUGUUCAGCUUUUAUUAUUCCUGGCCCACUGUUUGUUUAUCCUUUAAGAAUGAUUUUCUUAGACUUUUCCAAUAUGUGACUUUUUUUGCCCAUUUGAAAUGGUGAUUUUAAAUGUGUGAGUGCAUGCAUACUAUGUUAUCUCAGUUACUUGCAUCCCCACCCACCCACGUCUCCCAAAAGCUAGAACACUG